CCAGAUUUUUGUAAGCCAUUGAUUAACUGUUGUUGUUUGUGCAUUCCGUUUUAAAGUUAUCAUGGUUUUUUUGUGGAUAGACAUUUUCAAUAUUUGAGUUUCCUGUGCAGAUUACCACUGUAUACCACGACUUCCUUCAAGAGCUCAGGCCAGCAUUCAUCGGGCUCUCUCAUUUGAUCUUCCCAAGAACCCUGCAAAAACAGACAGGUCAAAUGGGGAAGAAGAGAGAGAUGAACUGGGAACAUGCAGGUCCUUAAAACUUGGUUACGGUUAGAAGUGAAGAUUAAGAGGUUAUGCCAAAAGUCUACUCCAAGGUUCUCAAAAUACAUUUUGAAUGCAAAGGAUUUCUUCUUCAGGUGACUUUGCGCCCUGUGGUUUGUCAUGGCAUCAGUGGAGGCUGUCCUACCUGCAGCUGGCAUGAUGGGUGGAUUCAGCUACUGUCAGGAUAUGCAAUCUGAAAUUUUCCAGUGGCAGAAAACGGACAGUUCAGCAAGACAUUCAUCUCCAGGGUGCUUCGGUGAGCCCCACCCACAGGUGAAGCAAGAGUACGAUGAAGCCUGCUGGGACCUCGACUUCCUCCUGAGCAACGUUUCUGCCUCGGAGCCUGUCCUUGGUGUCCCUUGCACAGGCCAAGAGCCCUCUGUGUCCGCUACCUACCAGCCAGGAGACCUCUUUGGAAGCCACAGGACUCCCGAUGGCUUUGGUCCCCCAGCCUUGGAGGCCAACUUCCUCUCAGCGGAGAACUCUGCAAACUGUGUACCUGCACUUCACUACUAUGCCCAAGCGGCACCAGAGCCCAGUAGAGACCGGGGGCCUUUCCAUCACUCGAUGCAGCAGUUCCCUGCUCAGACAGUUGGUGGGGGGGCUUCUCCUUUAGUGGGGCAGCACCCCAGGGAGCCAAAAGCAAUAGCGCAGAAGUGGCAUUGCCAGCUGACCUAUGAAGGUUAUUUGCACCCAGUAGAUUUGCUGAGCAACUGCUAUCCGGCGUACCAUGGCCAGUCCCAAGCCGGACAGAUCCACGUCUAUCGGGCAGAUCUGGCUCGGGCUGCUGCUCCUUUUCACGGCCUCCUGUCUCCUCCUUUGCCUUCUGAGGAAUUGGCAACCAAGCCAAAGAGGGCCUACAAGUCCGGGCCACGCAAGCGGCCUGCCAGUCAUAUCUGCAGUCACCCCAGCUGCGGGAAGACUUACACCAAGAGUUCCCAUCUCAAGGCCCAUCUUCGCACCCACACAGGCGAGAAGCCGUAUCACUGCACCUGGGAAGGGUGUGGCUGGAAAUUCGCCCGCUCCGAUGAGCUGACUCGCCACUAUCGCAAGCACACGGGCCAGCGUCCGUUCAAGUGCCGCCUCUGCCAGAGCGCUUUCUCCCGCUCAGACCAUCUCGCCCUGCACUUGAAGAGACAUGUGUAGCUGAGGCUGGAGUUGUGCAGGAAUUGUAGGGCAAAGGGUAGCUGAGGUUCUCGUCUGAGAAGUAUCUCUCUGUUCCAUAUGUACUUAUCUCCUGGAAAGGUGAUCGGCCAAUCCAGUACCAAGGAAGUGGCUUCUAGCUAACAUCGAGGGUUUGCUAGAAGCCUCAUCUCCUCCUUUCCUUCCCUGAUUGAAGGUAUUCAGGUUUAAAAUUUUGCCACAUUUUCUUCCUUCCUCUUGUCCCAUAUUUUCACCGAAAUCCUACCUGUAGGACAAAAGCUUCGGGGGUGGGGGUGGGGGGCGGUCGUUCUGUCUGUCAACGGCACUGGCUGCUGUGAAACAGAAUUGUCUUCUUGAAUUAGUUCUUUUGAUUCUCCUGUUACCCAAAUGGAGAAUUUUCUAAUAAGUAUGGCCUAUUGAAGGCUUAAGACCCCGGGGAUGGAGGCAGGGUGACUAAUGGGAGGGAAGGAGUAUAAGGCAAGUCUUUUAAGUGUCUUCUGCAUGCAUAGAAAGAGGAGUAACUGUUCCCUCUAGGGCCAGGGGCUGCUGUUUUCUAUAUUAAACUGGA